AUGAACCAAGAACGAAGCAUUUCUCCUCAGAAAAGGUCUCGCACCACGAGCUAUACCCAGAGCGUGAAAGAUGGCGACGCUCCCAGAGCGUAUUCCCCUGCAUUUGAGACGGUCAUUGCCGAACAUGGACUCCACAUGGAGGUACUGAAAGGCCGCCGUUUGGUGAGCGAGGGAAGCAAGACAUUAUGCCAACAGUUGUUACAAGCCCAGCACGAACGACCUGCGUACAGUUCGUAUCCAUUGGCGGAGUUUCUAUCCGUCCAAGACCGGGUUCGAACCCGGAACGAAAGCAAAAUCUUUCGAGAUCUGACGCCAUUGCUUGUACCCUCCCCCGAACUCCUUUUCGUUUCCGGUCACCAGGCAUUGGAGCACGUGAGAGAUGAAAUCUCGGUGGAAUGGAGCAAAGGCAAGACCAUGGGGGGCCCGAGACCGAAGCCAGACUGCGCGAUUGGCAUGGCCUCCUCAGCGUUUACCGACGAAGAAAGCGCCAAGCUGAAGAACUACGCUUCAUAUGAACGUCCGACCCUGUUCACAGACCACCUUUAUUUUCCGUUUCUGCUUUGUGAAACCAAGUGUGGCAAUGAAGGACUUGACCGCGCGGACCGACAGAACAUGCACAGCGGCAGCAUUGCAGUGGAUGCCAUUGUGCAACUCUACCGCGCCAUAGGGUCAGGUCGUGAGAGUGCUUUGAAUGGAGAGAUCAUUGUGUUCUCAAUCUCUCACAACCAUGAAAGUGUCAAGCUCUAUGGCCACUUCCCUAUCAUACAGGGCGCCGAAGUGUCUUUUUAUCGGUACCACGCCACAACUUUUAUCCUCGGGCUGGAGGAAGAGGAUUGGAGAAGACCGCAUGACUGUGUUCGAGAAAUUUACAAGGUUUUCUACCCCGCCCACCUACAACGCAUACGACAUGCCCUCUCCGAGAUGGGAGAUCCUCGCCUGGACUCAACGUCCGAGAUUACCGAUGCAGAGGAAAUUGAUUCUCAAAUUGCGGAGGAGAGUACGGCUUCAUCCCAAGACGCCAUGGCCUUCAAAAUCCCCAAUGCGCCAGCCAGCAAAAAGGUCAAGGGCGGGCUGGCCACUGUAGGGGCCCAAUUCGCGAGGCUAGACCAGCACUACAAAGAACA